GUCUAAUUUUCAUUAAAUGCCUCAAAGCUGAAUUCCUCUAGUGUUUAGUGGCAGGUUUUGAACAUAAGCUGAGCAGUAUAACCAAUGCUUUUUCAGGCAAUACACCAUCCACUUGUGGGGCAACAAACAUUGAUUUGUGUGAAGUUCAAGGGUAUGUAUAAUACUUCUUUCCCUUUUGUUUUUGAACUUUCUUUGGUCAAGUGGAACCUUUUCAGCGUCCACCUUUUCAUGGACAUGUAGCAUGGCCCAAAUCUAUGACUGUGCAGUCACCAAAACACAAGAGCACACUUGCACUUUCAACCAUGUGUGUUUCUGCAGUCCAGUUUAUGCUGUGGAAAAUGAUGCAAUAAUUAAGCCAAGAAAAUUAAUAAGAUUUCCGGUAGUGCUUAACCUUUACAAAUGCCAGACUUGGGAAAAUCUAAAGUUGAAGAUUUUUCCCUAGACAAAAGGCACUUAGCUCCGUCAAUAUGUACUUCCAGUCAGGUAUCCCAUGAACAAUUAGUGUUAAUACAUUGUAAAGUAAUUGAUUGUUUGACAAGGAGAAGACCAGCUUUAUGACUCAGCUGACUUAGAUAAACAUCAAGGAGACUGAAGAGAGUAACACUUCUCAGAGCUGUCAUUGUUAGUCUGGGAAUGAAGGCAAUCCUUUUAACUGGAAACUAACACAUAAAAUAAUCUGUUAACUCAUACCUGGUAGAGUACAUCCCAGCAGAUUUGGAGGAAAACCCUUUCCCAACAAUCAGUUAAAUGUAGCUUUGCAAGAUUAACCAAUAAUAAAUGAAUUCUAGCAAAACCAGUAAAUGUAAUACUCAAAACAAUGUCUUCCUUUUAACCAAACUCUUAUAACCAAAGCCAGAGGAACAGUAUAAACCAUACUCAUACAGCUUCUUUCUGAGGCCUUCCCACUUUAUUCACCAAUCACAUAAAGAUCACCAUCCUGGCAAAUGCUGGUGUGUAUCAGCUGGUUCUGUGUGAUAAUUGAUUUAAUUUGAAUAAGCUGCAUUUGCAUAAGUGAAAAGAAUAUUUCUCCAGAAUUUCAGUACAGAAUUCUUUAAGUUUGUCCUGGAAGUCUCCAUCUGUAUUCUCUCAGGAUGUGUCACUUAGGAUAAUGCAGGAGUCAGGAAGACAGAGGCUCUAGUGUACCUCACAGUUACAGAAAGGAAAGGUGAAGGCUGGGACUUGGCUGUAAUGUUUAUGAGAUGGUGGAGUUCAGGAUCUCAAAAAGAGGCAACAAAGAAAAUGGCAAGAUCAUAACCACUGCCUUCAGGAAAGCACAUUUUGGCAUCUAGAGGCAUCAGCUUGGAAGAAUUCCUUGGGAGACAGUCCUGGAGAGAAGGAUCCAGGAGCUGACUGAUUUUUGAGAAUCACCUUUUCCAAGCUCAAAAAUCUGCACGUAGAUGAAAUAAGAAAUGGCAGGACAAGCUCCUGGCAAAGCUCAGACAUAAAAAGGCAGCACACAUGAGGUACUACCAGGGACAAGUGAACAAGAAACACUAUCUGAGCUCUUGGGAUGUGGUUAAGGAAGCCAGAGCCCACCUGGAAUUGAAUCUGGCAAAAUGUGCGAAGGGCUUCUACUGCUAUAGCAGCAGCAGCAGAAGAAAAGGGAACAUGUGGGCCUAGUACUGAGUGGAGGCAGUAGGAGCUCCAGUAGUAAAGGAAAGGAGGGUCAGGAACAUUUAUGCAGACUGGACAUACACAAGUUUAUGGGACAUAAUGGUAUGUGCCUGCAAGGAGUGGUAUGUGCUGAAAAAGCUGUUGAUAUCAUUGUAAGGUAAUCUUGAUCAUCACAAUGACUGGGGGAGGUUCCAAGGACUGGGAGAAAGCAAAUGUAACUUUCUUAAAAAGGUUAAAAAAAGGAGAUCCAAGGAACUAUAUAGGCUGUCCAAAUCAGCUUCACCCCAAACACUGGGAGGUUGAGAGAGCAAAUAAUUCUGGUAAACAUUUACAUUAGGAACAAGAACGUGAUUGCAAGUAGUCAGCAUAAAUUAACAAAGAGGAAUUAGGCCUGCCCAACCUGUCAGCCUUCUAAAAAAAGAUGAAUGGCUUGGUGGACAUGGGGAGAGAAUUGGAGACUGUUGAUCUUGAUUUUAGAAAGGCUUUCAACAUAGUCUCCUUAAUGCUUUCACUGAUAAAGUACAAGCUAGAUAACUGGAUGGUGAAACUGAAAACUGGCUGAACUGACAAGCUCAGUGGGUUGUGAUCAGUCUAGAAUGUACAGCUCCAGCCUCACCAAAGUCCAGCUGAAAGCUGUUUCUAGUAAUGUACACUAAGGCUUCAUACUAGGUCCAAUACUAACAUCCUGAUUAAUUAUCUGAACAAUGGGGAAGAGUGUUCCUGUGGCAAGUUUACAGAUAAUCCAGACUUGGGAGUGGUUGAUAUGCCGCAGGAUCGUGCUGCCAUUUAGAGGGACCUCCACAAACUGGAGAAAGAGGCUGACAGGAAUCUCAUGAAGUUCGACACAAGAAAAUGUCAAGCCCUACACCAGGAAAGGAAUAACCCCAUGCACCAGUACAGGCUUGUGAGCUGAAUGGCUGGAAUGAAGUUGCAGAAAAAACUGACAGGAUUGAGCAAUGCAUCUUUGCAGCAGUGAAGACCAACAGCCUUUUGAGUGGCAUUAACAAGAGUAUACAAUGUGUUUAUUUCUUCUAUUUAGCACUGAUGAUGCCACAUCUGGAGUGUUGUGUCCACGUUUGAGCUCCCCAGCACAAUAAAGCAAUGGACAUGCUGGAGAAAAUCUAGCAAAUUGCUACAAAGAUGAAUAAGGGAUUAAAGCAUUUGUCAUUUGUUGAGGAGAGGCUGAGAGAGCCAACAUUUCUUAGAUUGGAGGAGAGAUGGCUUUUUCCUGCUGUCACCUCCGGGAAGUUGGGGAAAAUGCAUGCAGACCUGUUUUCUACAAGUUUCAUCAAGCAGAUGCCAUGCAAAUGAGGUCUGAAAAGUUUCCUGCAGCCUGAAAUGACAGAGAGCCUUGAAAAAAAGACACCACUAUUUUACACCCAAGGAAUAUUGUUUAUAGGUAUUAAUCUGAAGAAAUAUAUUGUGUGGUAAACUUUUUGACAGACUUUUGAACACCCAGAGAGCAUUUAAUUUUUGUAUGAUCAGAAGCACCUAAUGUCACUGCACAUGCUACAAUGGAAACUGUAAGACAAAUGCAAAGUUUUGGCAUCUAUGUUACCUGUACAUAUCCUGUAGCACCUGGUGUGGUGUUUGCCACUCUUCUGGUUUCUUGCUGCUCAUCUCUGAACAUAAGAGCUCGUCCACUUGUUUCUAAUUCACCUUUCCUUUCUAUCUGGAAUGCUCCUACAGAACUUUGUACUGAAAGGACUGGAGUGCAGCUGGACAUGAAUUUUUUUCUUCUAAUUGGGAGUACACUAAAGACAUCCAUUGGGCAAAACAUCACUCUCUUCUAUCCAGACAGGCUUGGCUACUACCCUUACAAAAACGAAGUCACAGGAGAGGCAUUCAAUGGAGGACUCCCUCAACUAUCGCUGCUGGAGAAUCAUUUAAAAAAAGCCAAAGAGGACAUCCAAUUCUACAUUCCUUCAGAUGAACAGUCUGGAUUGGCUGUCAUUGACUGGGAAAACUGGAGACCUGUGUGGAUAAGGAACUGGGGAUCAAAAGAUAUUUAUAGACAGGAAUCCAUUGAGCUAGUUCAGCAGAGAGACCUCAGUCUAUCAGAAGCUGAAGCCAGAACUAUAGCUAAAAUAGAAUUUGAAUUUGCAGCAAAAUCAUUUAUGUUGGAAACUUUGAAGUUGGGCAUAGAAAUGAAACCAAAUCGUCUGUGGGGAUAUUACCUUUACCCAGACUGUUAUAACUAUGAUUACAAACAAAACCCACACAAUUAUACAGGAACCUGUUUAGAUAUUGAAAUAGAAAGAAAUAAUGAGCUUAACUGGUUGUGGGAGAAAAGCACAGCACUUUUCCCAUCUAUCUAUCUAGAGACAGCCUUAAAAUCUUCCAGAAAUGCUCGACUCUUUGUUCGUAACAGAGUUCAAGAAGCCAUUAGAACUUCCUAUGUCUCUAACUCUAGUCACCCCCUUCCAGUUUUUGUAUAUACACGUCCAGUAUUCACAGAUGUCUAUGAGGAAUAUCUCUCUGAGGAUGACCUGGUAAAUACCAUCGGAGAAUCUGCUGCACUGGGUGCUUCUGGAAUAGUGAUCUGGGGUGAUAUGAAUUUAACACAAAAUAAGAACACCUGUAGAACUCUGGACAACUACCUUAGGAGGACUUUGACCCCAUACCUCAUCAACAUCACAAUGGCAGCCAGAAUAUGUAGCCAAGUGCUAUGCCAAGACUCUGGCGCUUGUGCACGGAAAAAAUGGAAUUCCAGUGACUAUCUUCACUUGAACCCUGAGAAUAUUGCAAUUCAAAUGACAAAGGAUGGAAAAUACACUUUACAAGGGCAACCCUCAUACAAGGAUCUGCAAACAUUCAUAGAAAAAUUUGAUUGCCAUUGUUAUGCAGGGCAGAGCUGUGAACCUACAGCUGAUAUAAAUGACAUCCAUUAUGUCCAUGCUUGCAUUUCAGAAGAUAUUUGCAUUCAGAUAUCCUCAAAUUCACUUUCUAACAUAGAAGCCUCUGAAGAAAAGAUCCUGUCUAACAGAACUGCAUUUUCACUUACCUCUGAGAGUAAGGUGACAUUAUCUACACAUCCUGGAAUAGAAGAUUUCCAAUCUACCUUUGGAAAUAAUAUACUUAAUACAACAUCUGCAGAACAUAACACUAUUACAGCUGCCAGUAGCUAUGAUUUGGAAGAAAAUGAUACUCGUACUUUCAGUAGUUCUUCAUCCUAUAAGAUAAGGAUGUUUAAUCUGUUUCACUUAAUUCUAUUUUUGAGAACCUUAAUACAAAUGACCCAUGAAAGUGUGAAUAUCCUUUUCCCUGACUAUAUUUGAAAUUCUAAAGGUUUUAUUUACAAAACAAACCAACAAAAUAAUUCCUGAAAGGCUUAUGGUCUUAUCUGUAUCAGGUAACCUUUUCUAAACCAUAGGUGCCGCUUCAGCUUGAAUGUAUUUCUUCAGUUUAGUUCUAUAAACUAAUAUUUGUGCCAAAGAUAUAUUGCUCUAUAUAUACUGAUUAUGCCAUAUGAGAGGAUAAUCCAGAAUAAGAAACAUUUUUUACAGUUUAUAUAUUUAACCAUUAUAUUUGGAAAAAAGUAAAUGCUGACAAUGUUCUUUUGGGUACUUCAAGUUAAAACAGUUAAAUAUAUAAUAUAUAAAAUAAGUAAUCAGUUUUGAUGCUCUAAGAAUUAAUUUUAUUCCACAUGAAUGGAAUUAGCUCUUAAAAAUAUUUGGCUUAACUUUAGAUCUGUGGAAAUUUUGCAGCAUAAAAUUUAUCUGAUUAACGUAAUGUUCCACCACUUUUCAUAGAACCUUUAGGGAUCCUGUAGUUUUUCUUUUAAUGAGAUAUAUUUGUAAUUCUUCAAAAGGUUCUAAUUUCAGUGUAAGUAUUAACUUUGAAUAUUACUGCUUUAUUAUUUAAAAUUUGAGCUGUAGCAGUUUAUCCUUUCUUCUCACAAACCCUCCUCCUUAUUUCAGAUGUCCCUUCCUUGGUUUCCAGUUGUUUUGUCUUGCCAAUAGUCACAGCUCAUCUGCUCUGCCUAUGCAUUCCCUACCAGGACAGGUCACCAAUCCUAGUUGCUCCAUCCAGCCAUCCCUAGGAACGGGAUAGGGCUGUAUGUGCCAUUUGGACAAAAGUCUGUGCAUGGGACUGUAUGCCACAUUAUUUCCUGAAGAGUCUCUUUGGUGAAAACCAGUUUGCUCCUUUAGGAAAACCCAGCAGUGGCAACAGGAAAAUAAGCAUCACUGGGAACCUGGGACAAUCUCAGGACCACCUUUCUGAUUCAGUUUGCUGACAGAACUGGAAGUACCAGCUUAAUUCUAUUCCAUUGCCAAAAGGAGUGUGAAAGUAGCAGAGAUACAUCAGAAGAAAACUACUCCCAGUAUAUAUCAGAUGUCUAGUUCUGAUUAACAUACAGUCAAUUUAACAUUUAGAAGCAAUUAACUGAAGUUUAUUUGAUAAAAUAACCUUUUCAAAUUAUUAUGUCAGAUGCUUAAUACUCAGUUGGCCUUGUGAUGGGUGAAGAGUGGCUGCUGGCAUUGAUACAUUAAAAAUCUCCCUAGAGCCAGACAUGAUCUGCAUAAAUAAUUCACCACCUCCCACAGAUAUAGCCUGCAGCACUAAUGAAAAUAACCAGGACCUCAAUAUAGUGGCCAUUUACUUAUAAAAAGUUAAUUUGUUAAUCUAGCAGAAAACAUGUAUUAUAUCAAUUUUCUUUGAAUUUUCAGGUUGUUGGUCAUAACAGAGAUGCAGAAAAAUAGAUGAAGCCUUUAGACUUAACAUGGAGAAAUAAUGUUUUAUGGCUUUUGAACAGCAAGUUAUCAAGAGGAAGUGACAAUUUUCUCAUCCCAGUUACAGUGAUAAAUCCACGAGUCAAAGCUGCUUCUGCUGUUAAUUUUCCAAAUGGAGUCAUCAAUAAAAAAACAUAUAUGUAGUAGAUUGUUUAGGACAAAAGAAUCCAUCUGGAUUUGAUCACCUGUGUAAAAGCAUGCUUUUUUCCACUGCAGCUCUGAUAUUGGUUACUUCAUCUUGGGUAAAGAAAAGACAUGGUAUCAUAACUCCUGUGCCUGAACUCCCUUCACACUGCAUUUGUGGUAACUAUCAAAUGGUUUCUAAAAACUGGAAACACCACUGCUAAUGCCUUAGCCUAACUUGUAUGACUUAUAUGAAAUUAUAUUUUUUUCACAACGCUUUGACAUGGCUAAACUGAAAGAUACUGGAUCUGUAGCACUUUGUGGUAGGACAGCUUGCAAGUUCACAAAAUCUGCAAGUCUUGCCAUGAAUACUUUUGACUAUCAUCCAGGUAAUAGCAACAUUUGUGAUGAUUCAAGCAAGAAACCACCAAAAAAGGAGGAAUGAGAAGAUUAAAUCACAGAAGAGUUGAAACAGAGCACCCAGUACCUCCCAACGGAUGCAGAGUGAGUGAACUGCACAAGUGAAAGAGUGAAGCAGUGCGGAAUGUGGAAAGACCAGUCUCUUCCCAUUCAGCAUUUUAUCUACCUGUUACUUAAUAUUGACAACCUCUCCCCAAGGCUCACUGUAAAGAUAAAGGAACACACCAACUGAUAUGUUAGACCUAUUAAUCCAAUUCCAUCUCUUUUUUUUUUUUUUUUUUUUUUCUUGAGAACAGCCAGGACCAGAAAAGUAAGAGGAAGUUGAGAGGAAAGCAGUCUAUUGUAAUAAACUGUGCCUUCCUAAGCUGCAUGUUAAGUAGCUAUCUACCUUCAGCUCUGAUGUACAAUGCUUAGCCAACCACCUUGCAAAUGUUCAUUCAGGAUUAUUUAUGUUACUUUGUGUAUCUGCAAUUCAUGCUUUAAAUCCUACAGACUUCAGGAUUUAGGUCUGCUAUGUGUUAAAUUACAGUAUUUUCCAAAUACAUUAUUCUUCUCUAUAUUAGAUUUGUCUUACCUAUAUUCUAUGAUAGAGAGUCACCAUGGAGUCAAUGAGUCUCCAUGGAGUAAAAGGAAAAAAGAAGGAAAGAGGUGCUAUGACUUGCAUUGCUGGCGACUAUCACAUGUUCAAAGCCAAAUUGAUUUUGGCCUGAAGUGGACCCCUUUCCAAAGAGAUUUUCUUCUAUUCAAUGCAUUGCCUGUAAUCAUUAGUUAGCCUUAUAGUUUUCAUUUCUUGCAUUCUUGUAAUUUUUAAAAGAUUAAAUACUAGAGAACAGUUCA